GAGAGGUAGCCGCCAUUCUCAAACUCCUCCACGACCUUCACAGCCUCCAUGGCUGCUUUGGCGAUCCUCUCCAUAACCCGAAAGUCCAUAAAAAGGACCCAUUUAUCCUCCAUUCUACGCUUAUCCCCUACCAUAUCCUCUUCUCCCUUCUCUUCGCCCAGCAAAAAUCACCAGCCCUUUUCAACACUUUCCAAAACCCAGUCUCCACCAGUCCCAAAGAAAGUGCCUUUCACAGUCUCUGCUCAUGGAAUGACAUGGCAAGACCCGUACCACUGGAUGUCCAACAUCAACGACCCUGAUUUCAUUGACUAUAUCAAACAAGAAAACUUAUAUGCUGAAGCUUUCAUGGAUGACACCCAGAAAGUUCAACAGACUUUGUAUUCUGAGAUGAUAAGUAAAAUGCCCUUCAAGAUUUCUACCCCGCCUGAACGUUGGGGACCCUGGUCGUACUACCAGUAUAUUCCGGAUGGGAAGGAGUAUCCAGUUUUAUGUAGGAAAUUAGCCGCCAAGAGAAAAGGUUGGGUGCAUGCUAUAGUCAAUUAUGUUAGAGGAGGAUUUGGAAGGGAGGAAGUUUUGCUUGAUUGGAAUGAAAUUGCAGAACGAUAUGGUUAUGUUCAUGUGGGCACGUGUCGAGUAUCUCCAGACCAUAACUACCUUGCAUACACCGUCGACACAACUGGUGGUGAACAGUUCACACUUCAAAUUAAGGACCUGCGAAGUGGAUGUGCUCUUCCGAAAUUAGGAGUUGGCAGGGUUGUUAGCUUGGCAUGGGCUCAAGACAGUUGUACGUUGUUCUAUACAAUGUCUGAUGAGAAUCAACGGCCUUACAGGGUACUAUGCACAAAACUUGGAUCAGAUUCUGUUGCAGAUGUUCCAAUAUAUACAGAAAAUGAUUCCAGCUUCCAUGUGGACAUCACAAGCACAAAAGAUGGCAAGUUUAUAACUGUUUAUGUCAUAAAAGCGACCAAUCCACAACAGGGUUUGCAAAGGGUUUGUAAGCGUGUUUCUGGUGUACAGUGCUUUUUGGAACAUCAUAAUGGCUUUUUCUAUAUUCUUACAAAUGCUUCUCUGAGCGAGGAUAAGGACCUACCUGAUAGCGGAAAUUUUUACUUGGCCAGAUGCCGAGUUGAUGACAUGCAGGCAACUAAUUUGCAGAAUGUGCUCAUGCCAAGUAAAGACAUCAUCGUACAAGAUAUGGACAUUUUUAAUGAACAUCUGGUGCUUUCCCUGAAUAAAAAGGGUUCCCCUGUUAUAUGUUCUAUCAAGAUGCCUAUUGAUGCCAAUUGUGAGAACCAGGUGACGAUUGAAGAUCUUAAUCCAUGGUUCUUCCCUCUGCCCUCAAAUUUAUGCAGCAUUGUUCCAGGUUCAAAUCAUGACUUCAUGACCUCAGUAUUCCGUGCAGUCAUUUCAUCUCCAGUGAACCAGGUGACGAUUGAAGAUCUUAAUCCAUGGUUCUUCCCUCUGCCCUCAAAUUUAUGCAGCAUUGUUCCAGGUUCAAAUCAUGACUUCAUGACCUCAGUAUUCCGUGCAGUCAUUUCAUCUCCAGUGGAAACUGCUGCAAUAUUCACUGCUAAAUUCACCACAAUUGCUGAGUCCACAAUGAUAUUGGAUUCUUAUGACUAA